UUUAUUUUUGAGUUGUUUCAGUUUUUUAUUUUUAUUUUUUAAAUUUGUUCUACAACAAAAACAAAUUAAAACAAUCUUUUCUUAGAAGAUUGAAUAUACUAUAUAGUUUGUCUUAAUUAUGGGUCGUGUUAAACUCCAGAUUAAGAGAAUAGAAAAUAAUACUAAUCGACAGGUUACAUUUUCAAAGCGUCGAAAUGGACUCAUUAAGAAGGCUUAUGAACUUUCUAUCCUCUGCGAUAUUGAUAUCGCCCUUAUUAUGUUUUCUCCUUCUGGACGUCUUAGUCAUUUUUCCGGCAAGAGAAGGAUUGAAGAUGUACUUACUCGGUACAUAAAUCUUCCGGAACAUGAUCGAGGAGGUGCCAUUCAAAACCGAGAGUCACUGAUAUUAACUUUAAAGAACCUUAAGGGCCAAAGUGAUAUGGCACUUCAACUAGCUAAUCCUGCAGCUGUUAAUUCCAAUAUUGAGGAUCUCCAGCAAGAAAUCAGUAGUUUUCAACAACAAAUCCAGAUGAUUGAAGCAGAACUAAGGAAUUUUGAUCCGGACCCAGUAAAUAUGUCAUCAAUGACAAUGGGUGAAGUUGAUUCGUGUGAGCGUAACUUACAGAAAACGUUAGACUGUAUCACAAAAAGAAAGGAAUAUUUAGCGCAUAAUCAACAAUUAAAUUCUUAUGAUCCUUCUUCAAGCAUACAGAUGCAGAUGUUUUUGAAUUCACAAGAAGGAAUACCAACUUCAUUUGGAAAUGAUGUUGCUAAUUGGAUGCCAGAAAGCCAACACAACCACCCUAUCCAGAUUAACUUUGGAUCUGACCCUUUGAUGUCCCUCAGGGAUCACUCGUCUAGUGUGUAUGAUCAUCAACUACAGCAUGGCUCAACAAGCUUACAUGUAGAUCCUCGCAACAUGGGAGAGUGCCACGUAAGCAACCCCAGCGAUGGAGACCUUCAGACGUGGAAUCAGACGUUCCCUUCUACCGAUUUCCUCUCUGCUCUCAUGCCAUCAACCUCUUUCCCUCAUGAAAUGGUUGGAUCCAACAUGCAACAAGGUAUGUCGCAGAUGCUGUCACGCGAGCAACUAGAGUCUCAACAAAACUGUUCACAUAUGCACCAACCACAGCCACCACAAACAAGUAACCAUUGUGUUGAUUAUGAAAACAUUGGCCAGCAAUAGUUUACCAAUGUUGACUCGCGUCCAAGCAUGCAUCAAGGUGUAUUUUAGUCGCGUAUCCAAUUUAUUUUCAAUCAGAUUGCUAUGAGGCAUCUAUGUACAUACGUUUUGCUCUGAGUUUCUGCAACGUGCUUUUGUAUCACCUAGGCAUGGGAUGGGAUGCUAUUGCAGUGAAACGGGCGCAAUGUUCUUUUUUCUUAUUUGACAUUCUUUUGUAUUUGUUGAAAUUUUGUAACUAGAAAAAAGAAAAGACAAAUAUAAAUCAUUUACCCUAUAAUUUUAAA